GGGACGACAGACACCUUACCGGUUAACAGAUUGUUGUUGUCACUAGCUGUUUGUUUUGUUCAUAAAGCACUGGUCAAAUCAAAAAGAUAAAAACGUCCCAAAUCGUCCAAUGCCAGACAUAAUGUCAGGAUGGCAAGUGGCCCAGCUCUGCCAGACAGCCUGGUGCUGGAGAUCUUCCUGCAUCUGCCCCAUGAGGCGGUGCUGAAGGCGGGUCUCGCCUGCCGCCAGUGGCUGGCCGUGUCCCGGGAUGAGUUCCUGUGGAGGGAGCUCUUCUACAACUACUACCGCAUCCCCCGUUCCGUGCCCCGGCACCCAGCGGCGGUGUCAUGGUACAGGGAGUUUAAGCGCCUGUUCGACUGCAUCCCGUGUGUGGAGGUCCAGACCCUGAAGGAGCACCAUGACCAGGUCCUGCACCUGGCCUUCUCCCACCGCGGACACCGCUUCUCGUCCUGCUCCAAGGACUGCACCGUCAAGCUCUGGGACACUGAGCGGCCGGAUGGCUCCAUCGCCCUGGUGCACAGCUCCAGCAUGCGCCAGUUCAACUGGGGCUACACCCAGUUCUCCCAGUUCAACGCCGACGACAGCCUGCUGCUGGUGUCGGGGGUCUACCUGGGGCCGCACCACUCCUCCUCCGGGGAGAUCGCCGUCAUCAGCCUGGAGAACUACACUCUGCUGUCCCGUGUGAGAAACAAGCCCUACGAUGUUUUUGGCUGCUGGCUGAACGAGACGCACCUCAUCUCUGGGAAUCUGCACUGGAUCGGAGACAUGACCUCCUGCUCCGUCCUCUGGCUCAACAAGGCCUUCCAGGACGUGGAGUCGGAGAACGUGAACGUGGUCAAGCGGCUCUUCAAGAUUCAGAACAUCAACGCCAGCACCAUCCGCACGGUGAUGGUGGCCCACUGCCGGCGGCACGACUCUCCGGACCUGCUGCUGGACUACGAGGCACAGUCGCAGGCCCGGGAGCAGGAGGAGCGCAGCGGUCAGCGCCGCCAGCCCCUCUUCUUCGACCUGGGCGGCAGCGACAGCGAGGAGGAGGACGAGGAGGAGGAGGAGUGUGAGGAAGAAGGGGAACGCCCCCACCCCUCCCACCGCCCCUAUCUGCAGGCCCCGGGCCUGAGCGAGAGGCUUGGCCACAUGAUACAGGGUCGGCGCAGUAUGGCAGCAGGGGACAGGGAGAUUGAAGCCAGGGUGGCCCAGAUCAUGGGGAAGACUCGAACCCGGCCCCCAGACCCCACCUCUGCCUCUGGAGAGGGAGAGGACAAGACCUACCUGCUGUUUACCACCGGCAGCCUUACCUACUCCCCUCACCAAAUAGGAAUCAAGCGGAUCAUGCCGGACCAGAUGACCACGUGCGGGCCGGUCCUGGGCAAGGAGCGCAGCUCGGAGGAGUUCUUUGACUCGCUGGACCACGUGAUUGACAUUCACGGCCACAUCAUCGGCAUGGGCCUGUCCCCCGACCACAGAUACCUGUACGUGAACAGCCGGGCGUGGCCGGCGGGCUGCGUGAUUUCAGACCCCAUGUCACCCCCGCCCAUCGCCGAGGAGAUCGACCUGCACGUCAUCGACCUGAAGAGCCUGCGGGAGGAGAGGCGGAGCCUGCGGGCCCACCGCGCCUUCACGCCCAACGACGAGUGCUUCUUCAUCUUCCUGGACGUCAGCCGCGACUUCGUGGCCAGUGGCGCGGAGGACAAGCACGGCUACAUCUGGGACCGGCACUACAACAUCUGCCUGGCCCGGCUGCAGCACGACGACGUGGUCAAUUCGGUGGCCUUCAGCCCCGCCGACCAGGAGCUGCUGCUGUCGGCCAGCGACGACUCCACCAUCAAGGUGUGGCGCUCCCCGCGGAUGGUGCGGCUGGCGCGGGCCCCCCCGCGGCCCCCCCGCUCCCGCAGCCUGCUGUACUCCCUGCUGGGGAGGAGGAGCGCCAACUCCGCCAACCUCAACGGCAAACCGUGACACGUUUGGGGUCAGGGGGAGGGAGAGGUAGGGUCGUGGAGGUGGGGAGCAUCCUGUCUCUUUCUGAGGAUCCUUCACCCCCUCCACUGACUCCCCCACAUGCUCCAGGAGCACAUACACUGUCUGGCAGACCCCUUUUAUGUUUUCUCUCUUUUCACCAGUGAUUCGCCAGGCUCUGGGAACGUGUAGACAGCAUGCUGGCCACAAGGUGGCGCCACUGCAACAUGUGCAGCUUUCCGCUGCCUCCCCUGUAACUCCCCUCCUUUGCUCAGGUGGGCAACAUGUGGCCUGAUGUGAUUGGCUCAUGAGGAAGCUCCCGCGGGUGGAGAUGUGGGCAUCGCAGCAGAGCCUGCAUGCCAGCGGCAACGGCGACCACCUGAAAGCGGAACUGUAGGCGAGGAGAUUGGCGGCGGUGAUGUCAUCUUUGAAUGAUUUAAUGUUGCUUUUUGUGGAGUGUCCUGUAGAAAAGCAGAAGAGGAGAGGAGAAGUUAUGAAUCAACACAGAUGGAGAGAGAUGACAGGGAAGACGCCCUAUAGGAGGGGUGGGGGUGGGCAGUGGCGAAUGGUGUCGAAACAUCACAACUUCAAUGCCUCCCGCAGAUGUUUCUGUGUCAUCCGCAUUUCGGCUGUGUUUAUGUUAUCACUGUCCCAUUGUUAAAAUGUCAUUGAGAGAACAUUUCUGACCUGAAAGGUGUUUGCAUAUAUUCACGCACACGCACACACUCUCCCACACUCUCACACACUCUCACACACUCUCACACACUCUCACA